GACUCUCGCUCGCGUCCCCCACCCCGCCCCAGUCAACUGGGGUUUCCUUAUACUCCCAGGCUGAGUUCCCAGUCUGCAUGACGGGAGGGUCCGGUGGCAGGGGUGCCACCUCCCCCAGAAGCGAAAGCUGUCUUGGGAGAUCCCGUGCCUUAGGGGAGCUGGAAGGAACUGAGGUCGAGACUGUCAGGGAACUGGCCGAGAGCACAGAGCAGUGGAAGGGCCCCUUCCCCUGACCACGCAGACUCCGCGUUUUGUCUUGCUCCAGUUCUUCACCCUCUGGUUCCUUCUGCCCCGCGGUAGCCUGAGCCCCUUUGGAGCGGAGACCAAGACGCGUUCAGUACCUUGGGCUUUAGUUUGCUUGUCCAAGAAGUAGGGGAGGAGGAAGACGUGAUUCCUGCUCUGCUUAAGGCCCAGGAUUGAUGAGAAAGGGCAAGCGCUAGUAAACUCUUAAGGGGACUUUGUGCAGCUGCCUGUGCCCAUCAUCCAGCAGCUGUACCACUGGGACUGCGGCCUGGCCUGCUCCAAGAUGGUGCUGCGGUACCUGGGCCAGCUGGACGACGGUGAGUUCGAGAGUGCCCUGCAGGAGCUGCGGCUGACCAGGAGCAUCUGGACCAUCGAUCUGGCCUACCUGAUGCGCCACUUCAGCGUGAGGCACCGCUUCUGUACCCAAACCCUGGGCGUCGACAAGGGCUACAAGAACCAGUCCUUCUAUAGGAAGCACUUUGAUACAGAGGAGACCCGGGUGAACCAGCUGUUUGCACAAGCCAAGGCCUGCAAGGUGCUGGUGGAGAAAUGCACAGUGAGCGUGCAGGACAUUCAGGCACACCUGGCACAGGGACAUGUGGCCAUCGUGCUGGUGAACUCGGGGGUGCUGCACUGCGACCUGUGCUCCAGCCCUGUCAAGUACUGCUGCUUCGCCCCCAGCAGCCACCGCUGCUUCUGCCGCACACCCGACUACCAGGGCCACUUCAUCGUCCUGCGUGGCUACAACCGGGCCACUGGCUGUAUCUUCUACAACAACCCCGCCUACGCCGACCGAAUGUGCAGCACCAGCAUUAGUAACUUUGAGGAGGCCAGAACCAGCUAUGGCACAGACGAAGACAUCCUCUUUGUCUACUUGGACAGCUGACAGCUAGAGCCUGGUGUGCCCAGGCCCUCAGACCCCACCUCUACCGCAUCCGGGCCCACUCAGGACGCCCUGGUCCAGGUCCGGGGCUGUUGGAGCCGGGAUGCGGAGCUGCAACCUCAGCCUGUCUUGCAAAGCCCCAGGCAACCGUGGGAGGUUGUGGCAAAGAUGCUGUGUCCACCAGCGCUGUGUGUGGUCAGGCUGCUUACCCUGAGCACCUGCUGGGUGCGGGAAGCGUCCCCAGAG